AUGGCUCCUGGACUUAUUGACCCUCCGAACGCCAGCGCCACCAAGCAUGCGAUCCCUGUGAGCAAGCUUGAGCAAGUUAUUCCUAAACUUGAAAUUCCUACGGUUGACAUCUCAAGCUUCCUUGCCAACCCAAACUCCGAAGAGGCACAGAAGAUCAUCCCCACCGUGAGAGCAGCCUGCCGCUCCACCGGAUUCUUCCAGGUCAUUGGCCACGGAGUCUCCGCCGAUCUUCAGCAAUCCGUGUUUGAAGGAGGCAAGAAGUUCUUCUCCCUACCAUUCGAGACCAAAAAGGCCCUCGACUCUAAGACCGUCCGCGGCCACCGCGGCUACGAUGUGCUCGCCUCGCAGUCCUACGAAGCGGGUAUAAUGCCCGAUCUCAAGGAAGGCUGGUACGUCGGCGAAGACCUCCCAGACGAGGACCCGCGCGUUCAGGCAGGCCGGUUCUUCAUGGGCCGCAAUGUCUGGCCGGACGAGGCCAAGCUAGCACACACGGACUUCCGCACGCCCUGCGAGCAAUACCACCAGGCACUUAGCGCCCUUGGCAAGCAGAUAAUGAAGCUUAUUGAGCGCACGCUGCCAUAUGGCUCGGGUAUCUUCGAUGACUUCGUGUCCAACAACCCCAUCACGCCGAUGCGGAUCCUGCACUACCCACCCGCCAUUUCGACUGAGCAGCCCCAGUACGGAGCCAGCGCACACACUGACUUCGGUGCCAUUACUCUGCUGCUGCAGGAUGAGAGCCCGGGCCUGGAGGUCAUGGACUCCCGCACUGGAGCUUGGGUGCCUGUUCCGCCUAACCCGUCGGCAUAUGUGGUCAACAUUGGUGAUAUGCUCAGUCGUUGGACGCGCGACGAGUACGUCAGCAGUGUUCACCGGGUGAUUAACGGUAACCCUUGGGAUCGGUAUAGCAUUGUCUUCUUCUUUGAUGGUAAUGCGGAUACCGAGCUGCGGGCGCUGGAUGGUAGCGAGGCUAAUGAGCCGAACCCAUUGACACCCGAGAAACACAUGCUGCGCCGUAUUACCGAGAGUUAUGGCAAGAAGUGA